GACAGACAGCAGAAGCUCAGAGACCGGCUGAUCCACGCAAAAUGUAACAACAGAUGGGACGGUGAAAGAUCUGGUACAUCUUCAGCUUCAAGCCAUCCUCACUUUGAGCUGCAGCUGGUGCUGGCAUUUGCAUCCUAAUCUGAAAGGUCACAGUUUUCCAUCUCGGUUUUCCACCUAAAGUCAGAGAAAAUGGCAGCGAUUCCAUCAGGUGGCGCCUUCACUGCCACUCAUGAUUAUUACAGAAGACGGAUAGGGUCUAACUCUAGCAGCAGCUCCUGCAGCAGCGCAGAACACACAGGAGAGGCGCUUCCACACCACCCAGGACUUCCAAGGCAAGAUUCUGGUCACUGGUGGACUUCAUUUUUCUUUGCAAAACAGAACCAGCCUGGCACCCAGAAUGCAUCUGACUCUCAAAAGAACAGAACCUACGCAGUGACCAGCGGGCAGGGGGGCUGCAUCACCAGGGAAAUGGUUUUAAACAGACAAACCAGUGAAAGCAGUGACAAUGGAGCAUUUGAGCCAUCAACACCUCCACCAACAUCCUCAUAGACUUUAUUCCCAACAUCACCUUCCCAUCCUGUCAAAUUUCCAUCGUCAUCCUGGAGAUGGAAGAGAUGGGGUUAUUGUGACGACUUGAGUUCGUUUUCAUUUAUUAUUAUAACUGAAGAUAUAUGAAAUCAAAUGUGUAAAAAUUUUUCAGUGUUUUUGUCUGUGUGACUUUUGCUGUAAAAUAAUUGUGUACUUGUGAGGUGUUCAGCACUGUUAGAAAUUUCUUGUAUUUUUACAGGAAAUUCGUCAGACCUAAUUGCAGAAAAUUGACAGUAAUAUACAAUUUUACUGUAAAUU